CCCAAAAAAAAAGAGGGAUUUUGUCACUAAAAUAUCCUAUUGAGCAUGGUAUUGUCACCAACUGGGAUCACAUGACUAUGAUAUGGCGUCAUACCUUUUACAAUGAGCUUAGAGUAGCACCAGAAGAGCAUCCUAUUCUCUUGACAGAAGCACCAUUGAAUCCAAAGGCAAACAGAGAAAAGAUGUUGGAAAUAAUGUUUGAGACAUUCAAUGUGCCAUCCUGGUAUCUUCAAAUACAGGCGGUUCUCUCACUAUAUGCUUCAGGACGUACGACAGGUAUUGUGUUUGAUUCGGGUGAUGGUGUUUCCCAUGUGGUUCCAAUCUAUGAGGGCUACAGUCUUCCUCAUGCAGUAAAGCGAAUUGACUUGGCUGGUCGUGAUAUUACAGAAUAUCUUAGAAAAAUCCUCACAGAGUCAGGUGCAGUCCUUACAACCACUGCAGAAUCAGAAAUUGUCAGAUCAAUGAAAGAAAAGCUCUGCUAUGUCUCCCUUGAUUAUGAAAAUGAGCUUAAGAACAAUACAGAGGAAGUUGAAAUCCAGGCUGAAGUUACAAAGUUGGCACCAUCUACUAUUUCAGUGAAAGUUAUUGCACCGGCAGAAAGAAAGUAUUCUGUUUGGAUUGGUGGAUCUAUCCUUGCAUCAUUAAGCACAUUCCAGCAUAUGUGGGUUUCUAGAGAAGAGUACAAUGAGUAUGGUCCAAGUGUAGUUCACAGAAAAUGCUUC